UGACUUCUAUGCCCCACGUGCAGGUCUGUGUAAACAAUCGUCAACAGAAAGCUGUAAGGCCGACACUACUCGGACGUUCCACGCUACAUAAAGUAGUUUGGCGGCUAGACAGCCCACUAUUUCUAGUUCUGAUAACCCCCACACUGGAAUACAGUCGUCACCAUGAUCCUCAUCAUACGAUACGGAACCAGGCUGUUCGGAAAGUCCGACUAUUUCAUGGUGGACGGGCAGGAGGCCUUCGUUCAAACCAAGUUCUACCACUGUUCGUACAUGCCCUGUGCGCCGGAAGAAAGCUACCUGUUCUUGAAAGACGGGACCACUAUCCAGCUGCCUGAGAUAGCAGGAGCGACCAUCCUGUGGGCGUGGAUCCGCUACAUUCUCUCUAUACUGUUCGCGCUUGCACUGUGUGGAUGCGUUUUGGCCUUCGUUCUGAUGACAACAAAGGAUGUGCUGCCCUGGGUGUCCUUGGGUCUGUGCAUUUUCUUCUUCUUUGUGUUGAUCGGUUCUUACGUGUACAAACCCAAAGCCAGCGAGGCAAACAAGCAGAAAUACUUGGACAUACUGGGCCACGUGCAGCACAGUAAGACACCGGUACUGGCUUCUGAGGCUGACCCCCUGUUGGUUCCUUGAACGGGGGACAUCAAGAAUGAUGACAUCUUUUUGGCUCCAAACGUUUGAAAUCUUGAAAAAAAAAACAUAACGAGAAACUGAAGAUUGCAAAUCUCUCAAGUUUUUGUGAAUUUCUUGUUUAAGUGAGCAAAAAUUGUUCCUUUGAAACUGCCAGUUGCUUCUAGGACCCCAUUUCCUGCAUCUGACCUUUUUUGGACGUUGGACGGCUUCACCAAGGCGAGGUAAUACGUCCAAGGGUAGCCUCCUGUGCAGGCCCCGCGGCGGUGGGGAAGAGUUUUUCGCGUUAUUUUGAUAUAGCCGGCCAUCCUACUCCGCCGAGUGGAAUCUUCUCUCGGCGGCUAUGUCGGAUGGCCGGGUAUAUUGAAAUAACGCGUUAUAAACCCUUCCCCACCGCCGCGGGGCCUGCAAAGAGGCUGGUCAAAGGGCCCCAUCUCUUUCCGUGAAUAUUUCUUCAUUCUGCUAUCCCUGCAUCAUCCGCCAGAGGGCGUCGUUGUACUACGUUUUAGUUUUUGGCGACGCCUCAUGCAUGAGCGAGCCUAAUGGUAUAGGCAGCACAAGAAUGUUGUUCGUCCCAUCAAGGACGUUCUAUCUGAUAGGAAUGUUUACUACAGAUUGUGCCAAUGGUCCAAAGGAAUGCCAAUGGACAGAAAUGUGUCUGCGGGAAUUUGUAUAAGCGGGAAAACCAACUUGAAGGCAAUGUCCUCAGAAAUGCUAACUUAGGAAUUCCAGUAAACACUAACAGACCACUGUUGCCAUGGGAACGUCCUUUUGCAUUGACAGUCUUGCUGUCCUUUUGUGCCCUUGCUCGUACCUUCCGAUAUUAGAGAUAUUGUCAAUACAUGAUCAUUUCUUGACCUUCACAAGUUGCAAGAGAAGAUGUCAAACUAUGAAUAUUCCACAAUAAGGCCACAGCAAGUAAAUUUUAUGGAUGACAUCCUCCGCAGACUCCAAAUCUAAUGCGAGGGGGGC